CGGGUGGGUACUGGAGACUGUCUAGGGCCGGUCCAUAGGGCUAGUGACAGUUCUUUGGCUUACCUUGCAGAAAGCUCCUCUUUGGCCAUGUCACAGAAUGGGUGCCUCGCGGACUCCAGUGAGUACUUCUCAGCUACAUCCCUGAGCUACCUCAAGAAUGAUGGGGACAAUGCUUCAGAGGUCCGGGAAGAGAGCCUGGGGGAUGAGGUCUUUGACACAGUCAACUCCUCCAUCGUGUCUGGCGAGAGCAUCCGGUUUUUCGUCAACGUCAACCUUGAGGUGCAGCCCUCUGUAUCGGAAGGUAAAGCGCUAUCCGGCUGCGUGCUCCUGCACACAUCCCGCAAGUACCUGAAAUUAAAGAACUUCGGGGAAGAGAUCCGUGCACACCGGGACCUGGAUGGAUUCCUGGCCCAGGCCAGCAUCAUCCUGAAUGAAACAGCCACCUCCUUGGAUGAUGUGCUACGCACCAUGCUGAACCGCUUUGCCCAGGACCCCAACCACACGGAACCAGACUGCAACUUGGACCUAAUCAUGGCCAAGCUAUUCACGGAUGCAGGGGGCCCCACGGAGAGUAAAGGUACAACCCAUCUUCCUGCCCUGGCAAGGAGGUCUGGGGGAGCAGCUGACCCUCCCCUCUUCCUCCAUUCCUUCCUCAGUGCACCUGCUGUCAGAUACCAUCCAAGGGAUCACGGCCACGGUCAGAGGGGUGCAGUAUCAGCAGUCAUGGCUCUGCAUCAUAACUGGGGAGAAAACUCCUGUGAGGUUCGGUUCGUCAUCCUGGUGCUGGCCCCACCCAAGAUGAAAAGCACCAAGACUGCAAUGGAGGUGGCGCGCACAUUUGCCACCAUGUUUUCGGACAUCACCUUCCGCCAGAAGCUCCUGAAGACCCGCACAGAGGAAGAAUUCAAGGAGGCCUUGGUACAUCAGAGACAGCUGCUCACCAUGACAAUACCAAGAGCAAACGGACACGGCAGAGGCUCCUCCCAUGCCCACAGACACCCGCAGCCCCCAAAAUGCAAGGACUUUAUCCCUUUCGGGAGGGGCAUCCGGGAAGACAUCAUGCGCAGGUUUCCUGUGUACCCGUUGGACUUCACUGAUGGCAUUAUCGGGAAAAGCAAGGCUGUGGGCAAAUACAUAACCACCACCCUAUUCCUCUACUUCGCCUGCCUCCUGCCCACAAUUGCUUUUGGAUCCCUGAAUGAUGAGAACACAAACGGGGCCAUCGAUGUGCAGAAGACCAUAGCAGGCCAGAGUAUCGGAGGCCUCUUAUAUGGGAUCUUCUCCGGGCAGCCGCUGGUGAUUCUGCUGACGACUGCACCCCUGGCCAUCUACACUCAGGUGAUCCGUGUCAUCUGUGAUGACUACAACCUGGACUUCAAUGCCUUCUACGCCUGGACAGGCCUGUGGAACAGUUUCUUCCUUGCUCUCUAUGCCUUCUUCAACCUCAGCCUGGUCAUGAGUCUCUUCAAGAGGUCAACAGAGGAAAUUAUUGCCCUGUUCAUUUCCAUCACAUUCGUGCUGGAUGCUGUCAAGGGCAUGGUCAAAAUCUUCUGGAAGUACUACUACGGUUACCACCACACAAGGAGGCCAGGCAGCAGCCUCAAUCCCGGCAUCCACACCGCCUUCAACACCAAUCUCCUGGCUGGUCCCACCGAGCUGGACACCUCAAGCGGCCCAGGCGCUGUGCACUCUGGCCAGGCAACUGCAGUGCUCAGCCUCCUCAUCAUGCUGGGCACACUCUGGCUGAGCUACACCCUCUACCAGUUCAAGAAGAGCCCCUACCUGCACCCGUACGUGCGCGAGAUCCUGUCCGACUGUGCCCUGCCCAUUGCAGUGCUUACCUUCUCCCUCCUCAGCUCCUAUGGCUUCCAGGAAAUUGAGAUGAGCAGGUUUCGCUACAACCCCAGCGAGAACCUAUUUGAGGUGGCACAGAUGGACUCGCUGUCCCUGGGAGCCAUCGGCAGUGCCAUGGUCCUUGGUUUCCUGCUCUCCCUGCUUUUCUUCAUUGAGCAGAACCUGGUGGCUGCCUUGGUCAAUGCACCAGAGAACAGGCUGGUGAAAGGCACUGCCUACCACUGGGACCUCCUGCUCCUCGCCGUCAUCAACACGGGGCUGUCCCUGUUUGGGCUGCCCUGGAUCCACGCCGCCUACCCCCAUUCUCCUCUGCAUGUGCGGGCCCUGGCUUUGGUGGAAGAGCGGGUGGAGAACGGGCACAUCUAUGAGACGAUUGUGAACGUGAAGGAGACGCGGUUGACGUCGCUGGGCGCCAGCGUGCUAGUGGGUCUGUCCCUGCUGCUGCUGCCUUUCCCACUGCAGAGGAUCCCCAAGCCCGUGCUCUAUGGCCUCUUCCUCUACAUCGCGCUUACCUCUCUGGAUGGCAACCAGCUCUUCUCUCGUGUGGCCCUGCUGCUCAAGGAGCAGACAUCAUAUCCACCCACACACUACGUUCGGAGAGUGCCGCAGAGGAAGAUCCACUACUUCACAGGCCUGCAGGUCCUGCAGCUGCUGCUGCUCUGCACCUUCGGCAUGAGCACCCUGCCCUACAUGAAGAUGAUCUUCCCCCUCAUCAUGAUCCUCAUGAUUCCCAUCCGCUAUAUUCUGCUGCCCCGAAUCAUUGAAGCCAAGUACCUGGACGCCAUGGAUGCUGAGCACUGGUCCUGACCAGCUUGACCUGGCCACCUUUGCUGCCUUCCUCUCCUCCCAGGCCCUACUGGGACUGUGUGGGAGGUGUGGAUGCCUGGGCCCUUGCGGUGGACGGUGUUCUCACAGGCCCUGCCCCCUGGGCAUUGUGAGGGUUCAGUGCUGUGUGCUUCCCUCUGCACGUUAGCCAUCAGCCUUAGUUCAGGAACACGGCUCAGGGCAGUUCUGUCCAGAGUGGGGCUAAACAGGAUGGGUUUUCUUUUGAUAAGAGUCAAUUUCAGGAGAGAAGCCAUUUCCUUGAUUGUGUAAGGACCCCACUGUGGUCACACUAGAGAAUAAAGCUC